AAUGGACCAACCAUUUUGUAGGCGCCAAAGGAAGGAGGGAACUCAUGGUUGCCACCACAACCCCCACAAGUCCCCUGCCUCCAUCUUCAUCUUCCAUUAUUAUUAAACAAACUCCUUCAUCAAACCUUAAUUCUUGCUGCAAAUUACUAUGCAUAUCCACCACUUCCCCGUUUUGUUCCCCUUCUAAAUUUAUCUCCAACUUUCCCAACGAUAGAAAAAGCACACAACACCAAUUUACACCCAAAGUUGCAUUUAAUCCACAAGGCAACUAUGACCUCUCCCUCCUUGAUGAUGAUAAUGACCUCCAAGGUUCAACUAAAGCUCCGGAGCCAUUACCCCCAAAAGAAGGGCGAUUUGAGGUUGUCAUAAACAAUGAUGCCAUUCGAUGUCUUGAUUUAUCCCCUUUCCAAUCUGCCACUGCCAUUUCUUCAUUUUCCUUGGUUGAUCUGGAGGAGUAUAUGGAACGUAGCAUUGGAUUCACAAUCAAUUACAAAAGAGAGGACCCGUAUGACCAUCGUGAACUUUCUGAAUUACCUGAUGUAAGACUAUGGUUUGUGAGGCUUGAUGCUAUGUAUCCCUGGCUUCCCGUUUUGCUGGACUGGCGUGCUGGAGAACUUGCUCGUUAUGCUGCCAUGCUUGUUCCUCACCAGUUGAGGUGCCUAUGCUAUUCGACCCUUCUUGCAGCUAACUCGUGACUUCAUCCCCAAUUUUGGCA